CCGGCGUCUCUCCGCCGCCCUUCCCCAGGGUUGUGGCCACGCACAGCGGCGGCGGUUGUUCCGCUUCCCCUCCGGCCCGGGCGGUCGCCAUUGCCGAAGGCUCCUGCCCUCCCCUCCCUGGCCCGUGGGGCUCUGUCGCCGUCCGGGUUCAGUAGUUGCGGCCGCGCCCGGCGCCGCUCCUCCUCCCACCCAGCCGCCCUGCCCUGCCCUCGGUUCCUCUCCUCUCGCCUCCCUAGGGCGGCUCCGCUGUCAGCCCAGCACGGACCGAGGCGCCUGGCUGGGCGCAGACCUUCCCUCACUGGCUACUUCAUAAUUCUGAAUCAUGUCUGAUAACGGAGAACUAGAAGACAAGCCUCCAGCGCCUCCUGUGCGAAUGAGCAGUACUAUUUUCAGCACUGGAGGAAAAGAUCCUUUAUCAGCCAAUCACAGUUUAAAACCUUUGCCGUCUGUUCCAGAGGAAAAAAAGCCCAGGAACAAGAUCAUCUCCAUAUUCUCAGGCACAGAAAAAGGAAGUAGAAAGAAAGAAAAAGAACGACCAGAGAUUUCUCCUCCGUCUGAUUUUGAGCACACCAUCCAUGUUGGCUUUGAUGCUGUUACUGGAGAGUUUACUGGCAUGCCAGAACAGUGGGCUCGAUUGUUACAGACCUCCAAUAUCACCAAACUAGAACAAAAGAAGAACCCUCAGGCUGUGCUGGAUGUCCUAAAGUUCUAUGACUCCAACACGGUGAAACAGAAGUAUCUGAGCUUUACUCCUCCUGAAAAGGAUGGCUUCCCUUCUGCAACACCAGCACUGAAUACCAAGGGAUCAGAAACCUCAGCAGUAGUAACAGAGGAAGACGAUGAUGAUGAAGAGGCUGCUCCUCCUGUCAUUGCCCCUCGACCAGAUCAUACAAAAUCAAUUUACACUCGGUCUGUAAUCGACCCUAUUCCUGCUCCAGUUGGUGAUUCUAAUGUUGAUGGUGGUGCCAAGUCUUCAGACAAGCAGAAGAAGAAAGCCAAGAUGACAGAUGAAGAGAUCAUGGAGAAAUUAAGAACUAUUGUGAGCAUAGGUGACCCUAAGAAAAAGUAUACAAGAUACGAAAAAAUUGGACAAGGGGCUUCUGGUACAGUUUUCACUGCAACUGAUGUGGCACUGGGACAGGAGGUUGCUAUCAAGCAGAUUAAUUUACAGAAACAGCCAAAGAAGGAAUUGAUCAUUAAUGAGAUUCUGGUGAUGAAAGAGUUAAAAAAUCCCAAUAUAGUUAACUUCUUGGACAGUUACCUGGUGGGAGAUGAGUUGUUUGUGGUAAUGGAGUACCUUGCUGGUGGGUCACUCACUGAUGUUGUAACAGAAACCUGCAUGGACGAAGCACAGAUCGCUGCUGUAUGCAGAGAGUGUUUACAGGCCUUGGAGUUUUUACAUGCUAAUCAAGUGAUCCACAGAGACAUCAAAAGUGACAAUGUGCUUUUGGGAAUGGAAGGCUCAGUUAAACUUACUGACUUUGGUUUCUGCGCCCAGAUCACCCCUGAGCAAAGCAAACGCAGUACUAUGGUUGGAACGCCAUACUGGAUGGCACCAGAGGUGGUUACACGGAAAGCCUAUGGCCCCAAGGUUGAUAUAUGGUCUCUGGGCAUCAUGGCUAUUGAGAUGGUUGAAGGAGAGCCUCCAUACCUCAAUGAAAAUCCCUUACGGGCACUGUACCUGAUAGCAACUAAUGGAACCCCUGAACUUCAGAAUCCAGAGAAGCUUUCUCCAAUAUUUCGGGACUUCUUAAAUCGAUGUUUGGAAAUGGAUGUGGAAAAGAGAGGUUCAGCCAAAGAACUGUUACAGCAUCCCUUCCUGAAACUGGCCAAACCAUUAGCUAGCUUGACGCCUCUGAUUAUGGCAGCUAAGGACGCAAUGAAGAGCAACCGCUAGCGUCCUUGCUGUCGCUGCAGAUGCUUUCUAAGGAAGUCUUUUCAUAUGUGAAAAUUAUCAUUCUUUGGGGGUUUAAAGAGAUGGUCUACACCACAUGGAGAGAGAACAAAACAAAAGACAAGCAAACUACUAUUUUCUGAAGACAACCAAGAGAAAAUUGCAAUAGAGAAUUCUGACUUUCAGCUGAACCCCUGCUUUAGGGUCCAAAAGGAAUUGUGAGCUGAAUCACUUGCCUUACCUCCCAGCAGGCAGCCUGCUGGGCCACUCACCCUACAGUGCUUGACGUUUGCAUACAGCUUUGAUGACUUUGUUACUGUAGAUCCCAGUCGUUGUCUCCUUUGGGGUAUUUCCAAUACUUGAAUGUCAGAUUCGAGUUUUUCUUAGUAUUUCAUCUGCUGGUCUUUUCUCCUUCAUAGUUUCCCUUUCUUGGACUUGCUCUUCUUGAGUUAGUUGCUUAAAGUUUUUCUCAGGCCUAAAUUCAAGGCAAGUGUGAUAGAAAUUAUAUAGCUCUUUAUAUUGGCAAAGGAGUUUGACAUGUUUUAACUUUUUGUAGAAGUUAGGACCAGCUGUUGUUACAUGUAAUAUUUCAGUUCAGAACCUGAACUGAAGGGAGGGGAAGAAAAGUGUGUGUUUUACCUUUUUUUAACAAAUGUGAAAGAGUCAGUUUUAGAAAUUCAUGGUAGUGAGUUUGCCAUUUCUUACAUGUAUAGAAAGAGGACUAAUAAUCUAUAUUUAUAACUAAAUCAUUGAUACAGAGAAAGAAUCCCGCUGACUGUAUUCUUACCAUUUUGUCUUCCUUUCUGUUUGUUUCUCCUCAGAUUUGCCUUUAGGAACCAAAGUGAUUUGUUCUUGUUCUAAUUUGGGCUUCAUGACUUUGGUGCCACUCCCUCCGCUUUGCAUUUAGAAAUAAGUUUCUGUAUAUGUUGCAAUUUGGGGUGUAGGUUUUGGUUUUAAUCAGCCCUGUCUCACUUCACAUAUAUUCCCUCCACCCUGAGGAUUUUCAGAAUUUAAAAGUUGAGGUCUUUUUUCAUAAUUAGAAGGAAAAAAUAUUUGGGGCUAACAAAACAAGUGAGAGACUUGAACUUGGAUAAAUUCUAAAGUAGUUAGAAUGAUGAAAGAGAAGUGUCAGUAUUCUAGAAAUUUAGAAUCAUUUUAUGACCAGUAAACUAAAAAGAUUUGUCUUAAUUUACGGUGUUCCCAACGUAUUAUCAAUGUUUUACUGUCAAUGAGAACUGAAAUAACAAAGUACUUGUUGAUAGAUUCAUGGGUCAUUUGAGAUUAUGGGUUACUUUAGUUUUUGUUUUUUCAAAUGAGUUAAGAGUGUUCAUGUAAAAAACUGGAGAAAGAAAACUGAAAUGUGCUUAUUGAUAGUAAUACUUUUUUAUUUUAAAGAUAUAAUAAAAGGUCUGUGACCUGUGUAACCCUCUCCUCCUGUCCCCCUUCCCCCCAUUUCUCUGCCUCUCCUGGCUGUGGUGUUGCUGUGCAGGAGCUAUUGUCCAUUCUGUGUGCCUGGGGCCAUCGGUGGUUGCUUCUGGAGUUUGUCCUCACCAUCCCCUUCAACAAACUUGACUCCUUGCCAUUCUGCAUAGUACAAAUAAUGAAUAAAACUAAGUUUGCUCUUUUGAGUAAUUUGGGAAAACGGGCAAGGUUUCUUUUCCCCCCAUUGUACUUGUGUUAAAAUACAGGUAUAGGAAGAGAUGACUGGGCUUUUUGAUAACACAGAAACAUGUUUCAGAAAAAUGAAGAAACAGAAAUGUACAACUGGAUCACUUACGGUCUAUUUUCCAUGUGGUUCUUGAUUUCAUUUUUCUCUGGGCUGUGUUUGGCCUUGUACAACUAUCACAAACACGGAAACAAAUUGUUUUAUUUCUGGUGGGAAGAGUUCCCACAUAUGAGCAUUGUUUGUAAACAGUUGUCUGGGUAGAUUAUGAUAAAGAAGAUGUUGCUGAUGGAAUAGAAAGCCAAGUAGUAGAUGGUGACACUUAGGCUCAUGGCCACUCAAGAAGGCACUUCCAUCCCAAGUCACAGGGGCCACAUUCCUAAGACACAUGCUAAUGCCCCCGCUUUAUGCUGUGACUUCCAUAAGCAGUUUGGGAUUUUUAUUUACAAGUUCUUGGAUGGUUACUUGCAUGUCCAUUGCUGGCAACGGACUUUGUCAUUAGAACCUGACUCUUAGGUUAAGGGAGCUGCACUGUUGUUUAUUCUUUACUUACCUGGGUAAACUAACCCGUAGUGGAAAUAUGCUUUGGUUAAUUUCGAAAUGUGUCAUUUUAAACAAAAUAAUCUUAAAAGCAAUAUAGAAUUGUGAUUUAUUAGUUAUUUUUAAAUUAAAAUAUUGAUAUCUUGUUGAAAGACAGUUAUAUACGAACUGAAGUUCGUGUCUUUUUAAUGAUUUCCUUUCAUCGUUCUUUUUGUCAUCUCUUUAGAAUAAGAAUUCCCAUUGAAAUCGCAUGAGUAGUCCUCUCGUGGUAUUAGGACAAUAUGACUGUAGUGCUUAUUUAUUAUAUUAUAGACUGUGGUGGUCCCAAAGUAUCGUCUCAUUCCUUUUGCUGCUUUUGGGGAAAGUACAGCUGGGAAACCAUGAAGUGAGAGUAGUGUACAACACGAUGUCUGGCACGGCUCUGCCCGUCAUGUAUUGAGUUCCUAGAUCAGAGUAUGAACUCUUCCCAAAAUACUUCUAGAUCUCAUCAGGCAGUAGUUGUAGUUAGAAAAAGCAGAUCUUUGAACAGUUUGCAUCAGGUUUUUUAAUCUGAAAAUUUUAAAAACACAGUGAAAUCUGUAGCCAGUGAAAUGUCAGUGUUGUUAAGGAGACAGCGAGUGGGUAAGGGCACUUUCCACCAAGCCUGAGGACCUGAGUUUGACCCCUGGAUGUACAUGGUGUCCUCUCACCUCCACACACACUCCCACACACAUAGACACUCACAUAAAUAAAUGCAAUAAUAUUUUGUUUCAGAUGUCAUUAUGGACUGUAGUUGUUGGGGCUGGAAGUGGAGCUCAUUGGUGAAUCACUUGCUUAGCAUGUACAAAGCCCUGAGCUUGAUGCUAGCUCCAGCAAAAAAAGAAAUUAUCUAGGCCACUAUUUGACAGUAUUUUUUAAUUUCAAAUAAAAUUUUUAAAAAUCAUAGUUAAAAUUUGGUUAAGUCUUUCUUGAUUUUUAUUACGGAAUCUCCAGUAAUAUAAAAGGCAGACUGCCCGUCCUUGUCUCCACUGUACCUCUAGUAGACAUUUAAACAAUUUCUCCAUAGCACAUGAACGUGUGUAAGAAAGAGCCACAUGUGCUUUUUUCCUCUCAGUGCAUUUGUUGAACUGUGGCAAAGAUGCUCUGCUAGUUAAUGUAAGCAUUAGAAGAAUCGAGCACUGGACUGGCCGUGAACUGGAAUUUUCUUCAUUCACCACUGUUACCAAGAAAAGAGCAGAAAGAAUGGAUAGUCCCGUCACGUUUUCAUUUCACAUCAAGAAGACAGUUAGCUGGAAUGCAUGGGUUUCCACUCUUGUUCUGGUAGAUAGAAACUGAAGUGAAAGUCACCUAUGUUUUCUGUUUCAUCUUCAAGUUUUAUAUUGCCUUUUAUUUUUAAUCCCACAUAAAACUGUUACAUUGUUAAUAACUGCUGUUUGAUGACUGAAUAAUUUUGUUCUUUCAGGGCUAGAAAUAAACUUCCAUGUCCAUUUUUUU